AUGCAUCUUGCUCUAAUUUUUCUAUUUUUCCCAACAAUUUUUUGCUCAACUUGUGAUUUUUUGAAAUUAAAAUACUGUGAAGAGGUGAGUUUUUUAUAUUUAAUUUAAUUUUUAAACAAGAAUCUUUUAAGAAAUACGACAAAUAUGAAAAUGUCCCGGAAGAACUACAAACCAAUCAGCAAAAAAUCGAUAAACGUUUGAAAAUGUGUGAAGCGAUUUCAGAAUGCGGUGAAACUUUGAAAAAUUGCGCGGAAGAUGAUGUGAAUUUCAAAGACCGUGUAGAUAAUCUAUCAGCUGGUUGCUUAUUUUUGACUCGAAUGUAUAAAGAUGAUUUUGUGGAUUGUGCAAUUGUUUUGGAAAAGGAAGUUGAGGCGAAAGGUUGUGAGAGGGUAAAGCCGGAAAAAUCGAACAAAGCGACUUAUCAGAAGAUUUUUGAUGGCUGUGUUGAUGGAAUUGUGGAAGAUGAGUGUAGUUUGGAGCAGAACCGGAUUUAUAAAUCGGUGGGUUUUGAACCAAAAUCUUUUGGUGCAGGUUCAUUAAACAAAUUUUUUUGCAGUAUCGUGAAAUGGGAAUCGAUUAUCUUGCAAAGUAUUGGAUAUUUAAUUGA